AUGGAACAACCUCCCAGAUUUCUCAGCACCCAGUAUCCAUCUAAUUAUGUCUGUAAGCUUCACAAGUCACUUUACGGGUUAAAACAAGCUCCAAGAGCGUGGAAUGACAGAUUUACAAGUUUUCUACCAGCCUUGGGAUUUCAGUCUUCACAUGCCGAUCCAUCGCUUUUUGUUCAAUCCUCUCAACAAGGCAUUGUUGUCUUACUGCUUUAUGUUGAUGAUGUUAUUUUAACUGGAAGUUCUUUUCAGUUAAUAGCUCAGGUCAUCAAAGCUCUUACUACCGAAUUUGAAAUGAAGGAUUUAGGUGAUCUACAUUAUUUCUUGGGGCUGCAAAUUAGUCACACUGCAGAGGGUUUAUUUGUUUCCCAAUCCAAAUACAUCAGUGAGUUAGUUGCCAAGGUGGAUUUACAGGCAUGUAAACCUUGUGCUACUCCCUGUUUACCAUGUCAUCGACUCUUAAAAGAUGAUGGCAAGCCGUAUCACAGUCCCGAUCAAUACAGAAGUAUCGUGGGAGCUCUUCAAUAUCUCACAUUUACAAGGCCUGACAUAGCCUUCUUCGUGAAUCAAGCCUGCCAGUUCAUGCAUAAUCCUAUGGAGUCCCAUGUCAUUGUAGUCAAGCGGAUCAUCCGCUAUCUUAAGGGCACACCAGAUUAUGGGUUACAUUUUAAACCUGGACCCCUAUCUCUUCUAUCCUAUAGUGAUGCCGACUGGGCUGGGGAUCCAAAUGAUCGACGUUCCACCUCUGGAUUUAUCGUUUUUCUUGGAUCCAAUCCUAUUUCUUGGUCCUCAAAGAAGCAGUAUACAGUCUCUCGGUCAUCCACAGAAGCUGAGUAUCGAGCUCUUGCUAUCACAGCUGCUGAACUAUCCUGGAUUCGACAGUUGCUUUGUGAUUUACAUAUUCUCUCUCACGCCCCCAUGAUUCACUGCGAUAACAUUUCCGCCAUUGCUCUUUCCACAAAUCCUGUGUUUCAUGCGAAGUCUAAACACAUUGAGAUUGACUAUCAUUUUGUUUGUGAAAAGGUGACAAGAGGAGAUCUUCACGUUCAACAUGUUUCUUCUGCUGAUCAGUUUGCUGAUAUUUUCACAAAGGGUUUAUUUGCACCCUUGUUUCACCAUCACUAA